AUGCAAUUAAAUUAUUAUCAAUAUGUGAAGAAAUAUUUUCCAGUUUCACAUCUAAGAACCUUAAAAGAGUCAAAUACAACUUUAUUGGUAUCCAAAUAAGGAUAUAUAAUAAAAUAACAAAAAUUUACAGUAAAUGAAUGGGAAUAAUGGAAAUAACACUUCAUCGAAGAAAUCAAAAUACAAAAUAUUUUAAAUGAAUAAGCUCCUCAUUCUUUUCUAAAAAUCUUAGAUUGGGCGGAAGAAAUAUCAAAGCAAAUUCAUAAAAUAUUUAUCAUUUAUGAAAGCACUAGUGAUAGUUAAAAUUUAGAAUAAUAUUUUAAAAAUAAUACUGUAAACUAAGAAAAAUUAAUUAAUAUCAUCUUUUAAAUGCUUCGAAUAGGUUUAGAAUUAUAAAGCAGAAAGAUAUUCCAUUUAAAUAUAACACCUAAGAAUUUUAUUUAUACUAAUGGUUUUAUCAAACUUACUGACUUUGGAAGUGCUCGAGUGAUACAUAAAUAUUACUUUUCUUAGAAUCUCACUGAAGAAUAAAAGUAUCAAUUUCAUUUUUAUUAAUCUACUUCAAUGUUAAAUAUCAAAUAGUUAAUGAAUUAACAAGAUUAAGACUUAUAAUUUUAAGAUAUUAUUUAAAAUGAAUUAUUGUAAGACUCAAUUUUUAAAUAAAAUGAUGAAUGGUCAAUAAGCUUAUUAAUAACUUAAAUUAUAUCAAAACAAUUUGAUAUCAAAAUUAAGAAUUAUGAAGAUUAUUUAUGUUUUAACUCAUUCAGAGUAAAGGAGAUGCUUAAAUAAGUCAGAAACUCAUUUCCUUAAUUAUACAUGGUGUGUCAUAAAUUAUUAGAACAAUAGCUAGGAUUGAAAGUAGCAUAUGAUAUGUUGAUAGAUAUAUCAUCACAAUCUAAAACAUCAAUUUCAAAAGUUAAACCUUUGAUAAUGAAAUUAGAUCCUAUUAGUUGCAACGAAGAAAAACAAUAAAAUCCUUAAUUUAUUGCUGUAACAAAAAAUUAUUAUUAUGUAUCUAUUGCUGAAAUCAAGUCAAAAAAUGAAGAAACUGAUCAUUCUUAAUCAGACCAGAAAGAUUUAUUAACUACUUUUUCAAAUGAUAGUAAAAAAAUAAUUGAUGAUGAGAAAAAAGAUAAAAUGAAAUUUCUACAUUCAGCAGAAAUGUCAAGGGAUAAUUAAUUUACAACUUUUCUAACAGAACCAUCAAUUUUGAAUAUGAUUAAAGAAAAUUAGCUAAAAGAGUUGUAAUUAUAGGAGAUAGAGAAAUAUUUACACGCACUCUAAACCCUGCAUAAAUAAAGCAAAAAAUAAGAUUAGGAGAAAAUUAUAUCUCAAAUAAAUUAAAUCUAAUAAUUGUUUCUCAAAAAAAAUUAGCUUCAAGAUGGAAUUAAUAAUCAGGGAUCACAAAUAGGAUUAAAUAAUUUUAUCUAACUUUUCUGGAAUGAGAAUUUUGAAUAAAAUCUUGUUUUGAAAUAAUUUUAUGAAUAAAUCUUAAUUCAAGGUGAUUAUGGAUUAAAUUAUGUUGAAUCUUAAUUCCAUUUACUUAAUUAUAAAAGUGAAAUAUUAGAUAUUUCUGAUGAAAAUUAAAUUUACAAAGGAUAUUACAACAAUGAUAAUAUCCCGCAUGGCUUAGGUAUUAAGUACUUUAAGUAAAAGAAAUAAUUGAUUUUUGGAAUUUUCUCAAAUGGAAUAAUUGAAAAAUGUAUAUUAAUUGAAUAAAAUAAUGAAUAUUAAGUGUCAAUAUUUUAAGGGUCAAUAAAUGAAAAAUCAAUCAAAUAAGGAGAAUGUAUUUUUGAAUGGUUUAAAAUUGAAAAUGAUAAAUUUAUCAAAUUAUAAAAGCAUAUUGGCUUUAUUCAAUAAAAUAAAAUAGUUGGAUAUGGUGAAAGAAUAUAUUAUUAGAGUAUCCAUUCAAAACAGAAAUUUAGUUAUAUAUACAAAGGAAAUUUUGAGAAUUCUAAAAAAUAAGGUUAAGGAAAACUUUUCAAAUAAGUAGAUGAUAAUUUAGAAUUGGUUUAUGAUGGCGAAUACGAAUAAGAUUAAUAUUCUGGAAAUGGGCUAGGAUUUUUUAAUAAAGAUAUACUCAUAUAAGCAACUUUUUCUAAAGGAAAAAUAGUUUAAUGUAAAGAUUUAAAAUAUAAAGAUAAAUCUGUUACAGUUUAUUGA